AUGCCGUCUCGUAUGAAUAAAUCAACCUCAAGCAACUGCCUCAAACCACUAUUAGUCACUCGAACUGCUCCUAGGAUCACACUAGUGGGUCGUGGGAGGGCGGAAAGCAUCUCAUCCACUCCUCUCAUUGGCUUAAGAAAUCCAAAGGACCAAAAGGGUGAAAUUUGGGAAUCUGGUGCAGUGAUACCUUCGAAACGUGCGCCAGUACUUGCAGACGAAGGAAUUGGCACUCUUGUUGUAGCUAAACUGCCCCUAGAAGAAAUGUCGAUGUCAACGAGGACGCUUCGGGCGAUUCAGGAGGAUCAUAGUUUGUCCAAGUCUCGAUCUCCAGAGCUCCAUGAGGAGCCUCAGUUACAACUUGUAAAGGUAGAGGAGUCGUCUUCCAUCACUAGGGAACUGAAGCCAGCAGCGUUAAUUACUAGUGCAGAGCCUUCAACGUCACUUGGUGAGCAGACUUCUGCAAGAAGCAAGAAAAUCCCUAUGGAAACACUCGCAUGUGCUCACCAGCAUUGCCACUCGACUUUUAGCCUUGUAGACGAUCUUAUCUCGCAUUUGGUCAAUUUUCACUGUCAGCAUCAGUUCAGACCGCGGAAGUUAACUUUUGUCUCACCAGAAAAGUAUGAGUUGUGGAAAGCUUCGCACCAAAAAGCUUACGACACAACUAUGGUAGAGCACGGUGUUCGAGAGGAGAGCGACGCUCAGUGUAAAUAUUGUCGCAAGUGGUUUCCCUCGCAAGUGGUCAUGAAUCGUCAUGUGAGGGAGGAGCACACGGAUCCUCACUACCCGAAGGGCACAACCAUAGAAUGCGGGGAUCCUCACUGCGAUGUCGUUUGCGACCGUAUGUCAACAUUGUGCGAACAUGUUGCACAAGAGCACGGUCGUGAUGAUUUGGUCAUCGAGGAGUUCAAGUUUCCUAACCUGCAAAGGUUUAAGGAAUGGAAGGAUCAGGUCGAAACUGAUACGAUGUCCAAAUUGUGCUGUUGUCAUCGAGUCGAACUCGUCUCAGCGGUAUACUAUCUAUGUCAUUUGAGUGGCUAUGCAAAUAGAUCUCGUCAUUCCGCUGUGCAAGUAAGUCGCUUGCGGUCGACUAAGAAGCUGGGACGUUACUGUACUGCGUUUAUGAACGCCAAAGAAAUAUCGGAUGGAAGUGUCAUAGUGCACUGCUGUCUUGGACAUUUUGGGCACAAUUUUGAUGUGAGUAGACUACCUCUUCCAAGCAAAGUUAAAGAUGAAGUGGCCGAGCUGCUGCUGAAAGGAAUGGACUCACAGACGGUUCACGAUAUGGUACGAAAAAAGUAUACUUCGGCUGAUAGAGGUUUUUAUCUAAAGCGCUAUGAGGUUCGAAACAUUGCUGAUAAACUUCGAAAGCAAGGAUUGAUAUCACCAAAGGAGAGGGAAUCAAUACUCUCUCCUCUUUCAACGCUGCAUUCUGAUCAGACGCCUGGAAAGCCUGAUAAGCAUCCUCAACAGAGUGUCAGAUUCCAGUCGGUUCGUUCCUUGCCGGACGGUCACGUAUCUGGGAAUCAUAGUGAUGCGGCACCAAAUUCCAUAAUUGCUGGUAUACGCGAUGUGUCUCCACCAAUCAUAGGGCCUUGUACAUACGUGGACUAUAGAGGAGGUGAAUACGAAGAGAUAGAUGUGGUUAGUGGCCACCAGAUGGUUGAGGGUGACGAAGAUUCCCUGACGUAUUUUGUGGAUGAGGUGCCCAGUUCGGAAAAUAUGCCGAAUUUGGUUCACUCGGUCCGAGAUGAAUCGUCAAGACCGACCAAAAUAAUGCCACUGCUAAUGGAACCACAGCCGACGGGGAACGCUGGUUUCGAUGAAACUAUGACUAGUCUAAAUAGAAGGAUAAAUGCACUUCACGCUCAAAUUAAGCAAACUGUGGAUCCUUCCAAGGUGAACAUGCUAAUGGCACAAGUACGAGCCCUGCAAGGGCAGCUCGUUAGAGGAGUACCGCAAACAACGGCGUUUUUGCAGACACUGGAACCAGAAUUUGAUGGAGAAGAAGACGUAGAGGAAGAGAGAUUUGAAGCGGUUGAACACGACGAUACGGUCUGUCUUGAGGUGGAGGUGGAAAGUUCGGAAGCGCCAUAUAGAGAGGUGCAGGUGCCUGCUGAAGAGCAUUACGAGGAGGAUUUGUCGACGGUGACCUUUGAAGGAGAGCCUUAUGAAGAGGUUGUGUCAGCGGGUUAUGAGCAUUCGGCCGAUUUGUCAUACCAUGCAUAG